AGGUUAUUAUUUGAACCCAGAAUACUUUUAUUCAAAUUCGAAAAUUGAAGAAGAUGAAGAGAUUGCAAAGGGUUUGUAUGCAUGCAUUGCAAGGUUAGUCCCGGAUGUCAAAGACCAAGACAAAAUUACUGAGGAGCUGUCCUUAUAUUUAAAAGCUGAGGGCCUCUUUGGUAAUCCCUUUGCUAUUAGACAGAGAAGUACACGAGGACCAGGUAAAGUGGUAAAGUAUAUUAAGUUAGUAUAGCUAAGUGUUAAAAUUAUUUUGACAAUAGAGUCGAUAGAAAGAUGAAGCUAAAGUUGCUAAACAUCAUUAUUAAUUUUUUUUUAAUAGCUAAUUGGUGGGAAGCUUAUGGCAAGUCAACAAAACUUCUCCAAAAGUUUGCUAUAAAGGUUUUAAGCCUUACUUGCAGCUCUUCUGGUUGUGAACGAAAUUGGAGCGUGUUUGAGCAUCUUCAUAACAAGAAAAGAAAUAGGCUCGCUCAAACAACGUUGAAUGAUUUAGUGUUCAUCAAAUAUAAUAGAGCAUUGAGGCGUCGAUAUAAUAUGCGUGACACUCUUGAUCCCAUUUUACUCGAUGACAUUGAUGAGAGCAACGAGUGGUUGACGGGGAGGAUGGAUGAUUCUGAUGCAGAACAUGAUCUAGUCUAUGAAGAUGAUUCCUUGACAUGGGGUGAUGUUGCUAAUUUUGCUGGUAUUGGAGAGGCAAGCAGGCCGCAACGGUCUACUAGAUCAAAAUCUAGUUCUAGUUCACGGUUACCAACAAAGGGAGCAGGAAGUUCUUCAAUUCGACUUGUGGAUGAGGAUGAGGAUGAUUCAGAUGAGAUAGAAGAGGAUCCUGAGAAUUAUGAAUCAUUUAGUGACGAUCAAAAUGAUGUUAUGCUUAUUGAUGACGAGGAUGAUAUUUAGAUUCAUUGGUGUUGUCUUCUUAGGAAGAAUGAUGUUUAUGUUUGUUUUAGUUUUAUCUUAUACUUCUCCUUAGUUGACUUUUGCAUCUUUAUGUUAAUAUGUUUAAUUAUUCACUGUUUUGAACUCAAGUACUUGAUUUACUUGGUUUUGGCAUCUUUAUGUUGAAUAUUUAACUUAAGUAAUUCA